AUGCCUAGGGAUUCAUGUUACUCAUGCAAUGCAUCUCCUCGCCCCAGGCGCAGGAGAUCAGCCUUCCGUGAUGCCGGCUGCUGCCUUAUAAUCAUCUGGGCGUUGCUCUUCGCGGGGCUCAACAUUGCCCGGCUCCUCUCAUCUGAAAUCGGGCUACGGAACACGCCAAUGGUUAAUGAAGCUCUAAAGCCGCCAAAUUACUAUGAAGAACUCGGUGUUUCUCCUUUGAUAUCCGAAGAGGAUCUAAGGGGCGUGUGGAAGAGAUAUAGCCUCGAACACCACCCGGACAAAGUGUCUCUCACGGCUCACAACCUAGACGAAGCUGAGGACUAUAUCCGAAAGUCAAAGAUGUUUGAGACGCUCCUAAAAGGGAGGCUGCGCUGCGAGUACGACCGCGAGAACAGGAUCAAGGGCAGGUGGCAGGCCACACGCUGCAGAGAGGCGUUCAAGGAGGAAUAUAGAGAGCUGUUACAGGAAGAACUAGAGAUGAAACAGACGCCACUGACAUCUGAGUCACGAAUGAAGGCGGAACCUGGGGCUAGACCCAAAGCACCGGCGGUUACCGUGGAGCUCGGUCCACAACCAGAGAACCAUCUCCCUAGUGUCGACUCGAUCCCCGGUGUCAAGGCCCUCAAAUCAGGAGCAGCGGAGGUGUGGAACUAUGGGAUUGUGUACAACUGGGUCUAUUUUAAGGCUCUUGUUGCUGACUGCAGUGAGAAGAUUUAUUCGUUCCUUGCGUCUUUUUCCAACAUUCAUUUCGGAGCCCGCCGGCCAUAG